AGCAAUUUGCAACACAUUCCGAUGCAACAAUGCAAGUAGAUAACAGGACGCUUGAUUGCUUGUAACACGUAUUUGACGUAUUAUUAUUAUCAAUUGAUUAGUUUCACGCGUUAGGGCAUAGUUUGAAUCACAUAUCGUCGGAACCGAAAGUGUCACGGCUUCGUCUAAAAAUGUGGGGCAUUUGUUUACUUUGUGCGAUUCCUGUAAUUUUGUUUGUACUUAGGAAGUUGAUUCUGAAUGUAUAUAAAAAGCGUAAGCAUAUUACUAUUGUCGUUCUUGGGGAUUUGGGCAGAAGCCCCAGGAUGCAAUAUCACGCGUUGUCGUUCGCAAAAGAAGGCUUUACCGUGGACUUCGUAGGUUACCGGGGUUCUACACCGUUGAAAGAAAUAAGACAGAAUCACAAUAUUCAUAUUCAUUACCUUUGGCCGCUUCCAGAAUUAGAAGCAUUACCUCGUUUGCUUUAUUAUGCGAUGAAAACAGUGAUCCAAACAACAAAUUUAGUAUGGAUCUUAGUUAUGAAUGCCGUGGUAGAUGACAUAUUAGUACAGAACCCACCUGCAAUCCCAACAAUUCCAGUUUGUUGGCUUUAUUCCAUGCUCGUUAAUGGGCGAUUAAUUCUCGAUUGGCAUAAUUAUGCGUACACUCUUAUGGUUCUUAAUUUAGGCAAUGAUCAUCUCUUAGUAAAGAUUACUAAACUAGUUGAGAGCUAUUUUGGCUCGAGGGCCGAUCGUAAUUUUUGUGUUUCUCAAGCAAUGAAAGAAGACUUAGAACGAAAUUGGGGAGUUAAAGCCAAAGUAUUGUACGAUCGUCCAGCAAAAGAAUUUCGACCUAUAUCAUUAACAGAGAAACAUGAAUUCUUGUUAAGCUUAAGUAACAAGUACGAUGUGUUCAAUGGUCAGACGAAGGAUUCAACUAUAUUUACAGAAUGUCUCGAGAACGAAGUGCAGUUACUCUCUAAAAGACCUGGUCUCCUUGUAUCGAGUACAAGUUGGACGGAAGAUGAAGAUUUUUCAAUACUGAUAAAUGCAUUGCAAGAUUAUGAAAAUGCAUUUGUAGAAGACGAUUGCAAUCUUCCUGAUUUAAUCUGUGUAAUAACUGGUAAAGGUCCAAUAAAAGAAUUUUAUGUAGCUAUCGUGAAAUUGAAGAAUUGGAAACACGUUGUAGUUGUAACACCAUGGCUUGCGAAUGAAGACUAUCCUAAAAUGCUAGCUAGCGCAGACUUAGGAAUUAGUCUUCACACAUCGUCUAGCGGCUUAGAUUUACCAAUGAAAGUAAUUGAUAUGUUCGGUUGUGAACUUCCAGUUUGUGCAUACAACUUUAAGUGCUUAUCAGAGCUCGUUAAACAUAACGAAAAUGGAAUGGUCUUCGCAAGCGAUAAAGAAUUAGCUGCGCAGCUGAAAUCGUGGUUUGAAGACUUUCCCAAUAACAAACAUCAACAGGAAUUGGAAAAGAAAUUUCGAGCAGAACUGCACGAAUUUCAAAAAAGUCGAUGGCACGGCACCGAUGGAAUGCUUAAUAAUCGGCCAAUAAUUGGCGUCUUAGCGCAGGAAGUGAGCCCCACAAUGAAAAAUAAGAUUGGAAAUGAUAUUUAUACUAGUUAUAUCGCGGCAUCCUAUGUAAAGUUUAUUGAAGGUGCCGGUGCAAGAGUUGUUCCGAUCAUGAUCGGAAAAAAUAAAGCUUAUUAUGAAGAUGUCUUGAGCCAAAUCAAUGGGGUUCUGUGGCCUGGUGGAGCGACAUAUUUCAAUGGCGGAUAUGCCGAUGCAGGAGAUAUUAUUUAUAAGAUCGCGAAAAAAAUGAACGAGAAUUCCGAUUAUUUUCCAAUUUUUGGGAUAUGUUUGGGUUUCGAAUUAUUGACGUACGUUGUCGCUAAUCGAGCCGAGCACAGGAUUUCCUGCAGCAGCAAUGCUCAAACGAUUCCUCUUGUAUUUUCUCCAGAUUAUCGAAACAGCAGAAUGUUCGGAAAUAUUUCCUCGGAGAUUAAAGAUAUAUUAGAAACUAAAAAUGUAACGGCGAACUUCCACCAUUUUUGCGUUACCAAGAAUGCCUUGAAAAAAGUUGGGAUAAACGACAAGUUUCGAAUACUAUCAACCAACUGGGAUCUGUCCGAAACCAAAUUUAUUUCGUCGUUAGAACACGUUACCUAUCCGUUCUACGGAUUGCAAUUUCAUCCAGAGAAGAAUUUGUAUGAAUGGAUCAUCGGUGGAAAUAUACCGCAUGGAAAGAACGCGAUCAAAGCGUCCCAGUACUUCGCUAAUUUUUUCGUUAGCGAAGCACGAAAGAAUACACACGAAUUUCACUCCAAGCGCCAGGAAAUUAAGAGCUUGAUUUACAACUACAAUCCAAAGUAUACAAGACUGAAUAAUCUGACUUUCGAACAAUGUUAUUUCUUCGAGUAAUAUUCAUACCAAAAGUGAUUACUUAAGAAAAACUCGUAAACUUAGAUAACAUUUGUUAUUUCUAAUUAAGCUAAGAUAUUAAUGUAUAAACUUUGUAUAAAUAAAACGUACGGAAACUGUGUUACAUGUUA